AUGGCACGCUCUCUCGACACGGUCCUCGUGGGCCUGCAAUACGCUUACCCGGCCGCCGUGCUCCUCUACUUCACCGGGGCCACUUGUGCUGCUGUCUGCACUCUCGAGACGAAUCGGGCCAAAAAAGGACCAGCAAUCUGUCCAUCAACACGACUGGCUGUUCUUUGGCUCCUUGCUGCUUUUGUGCUGGCCCACGCCGCUGUCGCAGCUCUCAUCUUGACGGAUUCUGCCGCCCAGCCGCAAGACUAUGUUGUCGUCGGCCAUCUUUCAUGCGUUCUAGUGUUCUCGGUGCUGUUCAUCAAACUUGCCGAUAAUUUGCAUCCGGUCUGGUAUCCUCACUGUGGUAGCUGGCUGCUUGGUCUCGCAUUCGAGGCUACCAUUCACAGCCUGCAGUUCAACAUCCUUGACGUGCCCCAGCUCGUCUUGGCUGGCGCUCGAUGCGCCAUCCUGAUUCUCUUGCUUGGCUUCACUCUUAAAACAGUCAAAGAGAAACACGCCGCUUCCGACGAGGAACGCCAGAGUCUGUUGAGCAAGCCCAAUGGCGCUGUCGCAGGGGGUUCUACUCUCAAUGGAGACAACGCCCAAUACGGCUCCACGGCUCAGUACCAUGACGAAAACAACGAAGAAGAAGAAGAGGACGACAAGGAUGCGAACAAUUGGGAGCGUUCCCAGACCAAGGCGCGGAAGGACAUGAAGAAACGGCUCGAAGGUGGCAAUUGGUUCCAGUUUGCCAAAGAGUUCGCCCUUUUUCUCCCAUACAUAUGGCCAUUCAGCCUGCCUAAGCUCCAAUUGAGAGCCGCGCUCGUUCUUGCGUGUCUCCUGACAUCCAACCUCUUCAACCUUCUGUUACCACGACAAGUUGCCGUGAUCGUCGACUCCCUCAAUGGAACAACUCAUGCAAACCCUUGGGUUGCUGUCGCCGUCUACAUUGCGUUGCGUUUCGCUUCUUCCGAAUGCGGCAUCAAUCUACUGAACCAGUGGUUGUGGGUGCCUGUCAAGUACUACGCCAACGAGUCCCUGAGAAGGGCAGCAUUCUCGCAUAUGAUGUACCUUUCUGCUGACUUUCACGAUUCCAAGAGUACACCAGACCUGACUUUGGCAAUCAAUGGCGGAAGUGCCGUUUCGUCGGUCAUUGAGAGCGUCUUGAUGCUUGCGUUGCCGAUGUUGGUCGACCUGGGAGUGGCCGUGGUGUACUUGUCCUACACCUUUGGUUCAUACGAAGGGCUGGCCACAGUUGCUACCAGUAUCGUCUUCAUCAUGCUCGCAGGAGAUCUUCUAGCUCGCACACAAAAGGCCAGCCGUACCCGCUUGCGUACAGUCUUCAAAGAGUCAUCCAUCCGGUGGCGCGGCUUCGAAUCAUGGACAACUGCGAGCACCUUCAAUCAGAUAGGGUACGAGAACAAUCGACACGCCAACGCGGUCACCGAGAGAUUUGUGGCGGAGAAGAAGUACAUCAUGCGCUGGAACUGUUUCAUUGCCCUUCAGAGUAUGGUCCUCCUGCUUGGCCUGGCGGUGAGUGCAUACCUUGCUGUGGCCCGAAUCCUUGCUGGGAAGGCUACGCCCGGUCAGUUCGCCAUGCUUCUCAGCUACUGGGCUCAGCUCAGUAAUCCCCUCAAGUUCUUCUCGAGCCUAGGCAAGGAUAUAAGCGACGAUUUGGUGGAAGCCGAAAUGCUGCUGCGUGUCAUGCAGACUGAACCAACAGUCCAGAGCAAGAAGUCAGCACGCCCACUGCGAUUUGAGGCGGGUGAGGUCGAAUUCGACCACAUCUCGUUCAGCUACGACCGGCAGAAGAGCGUCAUCAACGACAUCAGUCUCAAGGUCGAAAAAGGGACCACAGUCGCUUUGGUGGGAUCAACUGGUGCCGGCAAGUCUACAUUGCUCAAGCUCUUGGACCGCUUCUACGAUGUCAGAGAGGGCAGCAUCAGGAUUGACGGACAGGACAUCCGCGACGUUGAGCUAUAUAGCUUACGGGAGCGCAUUGGCGUUGUCCCCCAGAGCCCGGUUCUGUUUGAUGAUACCAUCAUGAGCAAUGUUCGAUAUGGCAGGAUCACAGCCACGGAUGAAGAAGUUCACGAUGCGUGCCGGGCGGCCUGCAUCCACGAUAAGAUUCUGGAGUUCAGUGACGGGUACGAAGCACAGGUUGGGGAGAAGGGCGUGAAGCUCUCUGGCGGUGAGCUGCAACGUCUGGCCAUUGCUCGUGCCAUUUUGAAGCGACCCGACAUUGUGCUGCUCGACGAGGCUACCAGUUCUGUAGACACCGACACCGAGCAGCAGAUUCAAGCAUCGUUCCAGACCCUAUGCCGAAACCGAACCACCUUUGUCGUUGCGCAUCGCUUGUCCACAAUCAUGAAUGCGGAUCUCAUCGUUGUUGUUGAGAAGGGCAAGAUCAUCGAGAAAGGUGACCACGAGUCUCUGGUUGCAGCUGGCGGACGAUACGCCGAUCUGUGGUCGAAGCAGGCCUUCCUCAAGCCUCACAAAUACGUUGAAGUGAGCGAUGCGCGGCAGACGGGCCCAGACCCCGAAACUACUACCCACCCCACCCCGGAGGCACACCCUCUGAAGCCCCUGAACCCGGUCGCCCCUACGUUUACGCCAAAGUCGGUGUCGCAGAUGCCACAGACCGGCGAGACGUUUGAAGACUCCGUGGUAGUGGACGAUGGCGGCCGUUGGUCAGAUGAGGUUGCGGAGGAGGAGAAGGGUCAAUCGACCGCAGUCUCGAAUGUGAAUAAAGGAACAGUCAAGGGCAAGGAAGAUGGGGCCGCCACUGGGCUGUCUCUGACAGGGCGGCCCGACGGGGAGGACAAUGCGAGCGCUGACGCCUAG